AGUUAAACCUUUAGCCCAGUUGGUGUAGAAACAGCCCGGAGGAUUUCUACCGCCUGCCAUGACUUCUUGAAACACUACCUGGGGAGAAAAGUAGAGAGAAAAACGCUCUUCUCUUUUAUUCGCAUUUAAGGGUAAAAAAAACUGUCCGAUGUGACGGGACAAGGAGCAGAGCCGGGGCUGGUUGUAUAUAUGCGCAGCCUGUUGUUGGGACUACUUUACUUUCACGUUUUCUAAUCGAAGAGGCUACUCGGGUACAUGGAUGAGUGAAGAGGAGCUGAGAAGCUCCCCUGCUGCUUUUAGAGAGUGAGGAGGAUUAGGCUGGAGCUCAGUGGAGGCACGACGGCACUCUCACACGGCAACCAGAGCUGGAGCCAUGAGCAGGGCGCUUACGGAGCACAUCAGCAGUAGCUUCCGAGAAGAUGCUCCUCGUCCUCCGGUACCGGGGGAGGAGGGAGAGGCGUCAUGCUACAACCCCAGCAGAUCUGCCAAAAUGAGAGCCCAGAGCAAGGUUAAAGAUAUCCCCGCCGCCUCCGCGCCUCCCGGCUCCACACCGCGGAGGAACGAGGAUGGACUCGGGGAGCCAGAGGGCAGCGCGUCCCCGGACUCGCCUCUAGUCCGGUGGACAAAGUCGCUGCAUUUUCUCCUGGGCGACCAAGACGGCGCUCACCUCUUUAAGACCUUUUUGGAGCGGGAGAAUUGCGUGGACACUUUGGACUUUUGGUUCGCCUGCAACGGCUUCAGGCAAAUGGACUUAAAGGAUACCAAAACGCUGCGAGUUGCCAAAGUUAUUUUCAAGCGGUACAUCGAGAACAACAGCAUUGUCGCCAAGCAACUGAAACCGGCCACCAAGGCCUUCAUAAGGGAUAGUAUUAAGAAACAACAAAUAGACUCGUCCAUGUUUGACCAAGCACAGACGGAAAUUCAGUCCAACAUGGAAGAGAAUGCAUACCAGAUGUUUUUGACCUCUGACAUAUACCUCGAAUACGUGCGCACCGGCUGCGAGAACGCGGCAUACAUGAACCACGGCGGUCUUGGCAGUCUCAAGCUGAUGUGCGGAUACCUUCCUCCUCUCAUGGAAGAAGAGGAAUGGAGUUGUAACGACCUGAAGGCAAAAACGUUAGGGUCUGUGGUCGGACUGUCUGCCAAAAACCUGAGGGCUACUGCUACCAUCCGGACAGCAGCUGAAGUGCUGGAAAACAGUUGCAGGUCCCACCGUAGAGGAGACCCUGCCAGCCCAUACUUUGUGAACUCUGGCUACAUUUUUGCCCCUGCCACCAGUGCCAACGACAGCGAGAUCUCCAGCGAUGCCACAACAGAUGAUUCCAUGUCGAUGACAGACAGCAGUGUAGAUGGAAUCCCUCCUUACAAGCUGGGUACCAAGAAGCAACUUCAGCGAGAGAUGCACCGCAGCGUCAAGAUCAAUGGCCAGGUUACGCUACCCCACUUUCCAAGGACACACCGGCUGCCUAAAGAGAUGACCCCCGUUGAGCCCUCGGCCUUCGCUGCCCAACUCAUCGCCCGGCUGGAGAAGCUAAAGCGAGAGCAGGAGACUAUGAGCUCACUGGAGGAGAGGCUGCAGCAGAUCCAGGAGGAGGAGGAAAGGGAGGAGGGCAAUGACCUUAUCAGCAGCACCUCCCUCCAACACCCCCUGCUCCCAUCUGCGAGCCAAUGUGAGGAAGAUCCUCAAGCUAUCCUAGACGAGCACCUUUCACGUGUCCUCAAGACACCUGGCUGCCAGUCACCAGGAGUGGUUCGCCACUCACCGCGCUCAAGCUCGCCAGACCGGAUGGGUGCUGUGGUGUCAUCUGGCCACGGGCCCUUCUUUGGUGCUUAUCCUGGGGCUUCUAAGGUGCUGAUGACAGGCAGGCAGUCUACAAAGCACAUCCACCACCACUACAUUCACCAUCACCACGCUGGGCCAAAGACCAAGGAGCAAAUCGAGGCCGAGGCGGCUCAGCGUGUGCAGUGCCUCUGCCCUCAAGGGGGCGCCAAUUACUCCGACUUCACACCUUCUCGCUGCAGCACUUUGUCCAAACGGCCAGUGAAGGCCUCCGAUGAGGGCGUGUCUUCACCACGCCUUCCUCUAGUUGCCACCGACCGCUCUCAGAAUGUUUGGCAGUGGAUCCUAGAGAGUGAGAGGCAGGGAAAGCACAAGCCACACAGCACUCAAGGCCUGAAGAAGUCCAACCCGCUCGACUCCAAGACCCUGCCUGGUCGAACCUCCUCAUCUUGGGGUGGUGGUGGCAUUGGCAACGGGGCUCACCUCCGUGGCCAUCACCCAGGCCACCCUUUUAUUCAGGACCCAGCAAUGCCACCCCUACCCCCUCCCAACACCCUGGCACAGCUAGAAGAAGCCUGUCGCAGACUAGAAGAGGUUUCCAAGCCACCAAAACAAAGACAUUCAACUGGAGCCAGCAACCUUCAAAGAGACAGGAACCACCCGGCAGCUGUCUUCCCCACGGGAAGCAACUCUUUAGCCAGCCCUGGAGUCCAAGCAGACGAGUCUAAGGAGCUGGUGGUCACCUACUUUUUCUGUGGCGAGGAAAUUCCUUAUCGCAGCAUGAUGAAGACCCACUGCCUCACCCUGGGCCACUUCAAGGAACAGCUUAGCAAGAAAGGCAACUACCGGUACUACUUCAAGAAGGCGAGUGAUGAGUUUGAGUGCGGUGCAGUGUUCGAGGAGGUGUGGGAGGAUGCCACUGUGUUGCCCAUGUAUGAGGGCAAGGUCCUGGGCAAGGUGGAGAGGAUGGACUAAAGGCCACUUUGUGCCAACCAACUAAUGCCCUUCCCCCCGCCCAACCAAAAGCUAAAUCACUUGAGCAAGAGACUGUAAUUUACAAGAACACUCUGGACUCCUUUUUUUUGGUUUCUUUGUUUGUUUCUUUUUCUUAAUAUUAAGCUAAACAGAGUUAAUAUAUCCAGCACAAGAGGAGCGAUUGAAGGAAGACGAGCCAAUGAAGUAUGCCGAACACAGAGGAGGCGCUGCCCCUCCCCGACUUUCUCAGCCAAUCAGCCUUAGAAACACAAGGGAAUGACAGACCAAUCCGAGGAUGACGAUGAUGACCGGAGGCCAGUGGCGGGCGCGAGACCCCGCCUCUUCUUGAAUAUAACCACUGAAGAUGUAGAUGACUGUUGUCUUGUGAUGUGUGACAGACUGAUGGACUUGCAGGAGGUGAAUACGCAGCGCCACCGACCUGCUCUUAACAUUACACUCCAACAUCGUUACAAAAACGUCCAUACGUGUGCAUAUACAUACAUGCAUAUAUGUAUAUAUACAUGUAUUAUAUAUAUAGAUGCUUUUUGUCAUGAGUUGAAAGUUUUUAUUAAGUAUUUAUUGAAAAUGACCUUCCCCCUGUUGUCCCCUCCCCCGAGUCUUCUUAAACCUGUGUUCCUCGCCCUCCCUUUUUUACAGCCAAUGGGUAAGCUGCUUUGAAUGUUGGGAGAAUACUGUGGUGAUAUAGUUUAGUGUUUUAAGUUACACAGAGGACGUGACGCUAGCCUAGCACUUCCUAUAGCCUUGUAGCCACGUCUGACCCAAACUUAGCGGUGGUCUUGUCCGAGGCGCACUCCCUCCACUCUUCUAAUGGUCAAUCCCAGUCUUAUAUGCUGCUGAUAGUUUAUAAUAAGCAAGUUUUUCACACUAGCAUUUCCUCUCCCUCGUCCUCUCGGCCUCCCUCCCUCCCCCUCCUUUUCGCUUUGUCUCGAGCGACAAAGUUCAAUCUUUUUUGUUGUGCCUUUGUUUGUAAACCAGGCAUUGCACAGGGAUGGGGGGUAGAAACCGUUGUAGAUUACACACAGAGACGAGACCCGGAGCACAAGUUGCACCACCUAAUAAUGGCAGUGUUUACAGCCCCCACACCAAAAUAACUUGUGCUAACGAGAACCAGUUUGGGUCACCGAGAACGACUUCUUUGAGGAGUUCAGCUAGCGUGUCAAAAAACACAAAAAAAAGACAAAAAAGUGAACGUUGAAGAAUUAUGGCUCCAAUAUCUUUUGAAUGUUGUUACAAUAACACCGUAUAUAGCAGAGCUCCUGUAUACAUUGUAAUUAUGCAUUCUGAAGUAUGGAUACCGACACAUGUGAUGCACGCAUACACAAACACAACACGUACAAACACACGAUCGCUGGUGUUUUAUGAGUACAGCACCUGUGCCUACAUGGAUGCCAUACCAUGUGCUACCCUGUUUCAGGGUUUUAAUAUAUAUCCCUUGGUUUUCAGAAGGGUUUUAUGUUGAAAAGAUAUUUUUAUGCUUUUAAUAUCCUGUAAUCAUGUUUUUGUGUUUUGUUUUUACACCACAGCCUUUUUUUUGUUUUGGUUCAUUCUAUCUAAACUGUAAAUUAUACAUUAUAUAAAGAGUUUCAUUUAAAGAUUUACAUGGACCUAUAAUUAUUGUAAUUAUUGAGAG